UUAAGUUUGCAGUUAUCUAGACUCUAGGUCUAGAUCUUACACCUAAGUUUUAUAGAUCUAGAUGUUGGUAGAAAGAACUAAAAAGUAUAUCAGUUAGGUUUUGACUUCUAUGUUUUAAAAACAGAUCUAGAGCAAACAAAUCGAUGGAGUAAAGAUAACAGAAAUUCUAACGAGAAAGGGAUUAUUUGGGCCAUGGGGAUAUUGACCUGAGUUCAGACUUCAGAGACUUCUGAGCCCUAACCACAAAAGUUAGCGGAAGCCACACUAAACAAUGACAAUGUUCACUGAAAGAAAAGCUGAGCUUGUGUUGAUGUGGUCAGCUGGUGUCUCCUCGCUUGUACCACCCAUGUUGUACUGAAAUGACCUCAGAACAAGCCCCAGUGGUCGCCACUGGUGAUGGCUUAUACCCACCCCUGGAGUACCUGCACCGGAUCAGCCACGGGAAUGUCACAGCUCACAUUGACCCUCUCUCUACAGAGCCCAGAACUCCCCAGCCCUCCGUCCGCCAGCCGUCUGUGCCUGCCAUAUCUCAGCACAGCCUGCCCACCUACAGGCAGGCUAAUGUCUCGCGGGAGACAGUCACAUCUUCAAGCCAUCCCUUAUCUGAACCUGCCCCCAUGGAAUCAGCUCUUCCGGAUAUUCUCAACUCCCACAUGUUGCCUCAAACACGACAACACAGACAGCAUCGCAAUCACCGAGGGCGGACGUUAGAAGGGGCACCUCACCCCCACCAUCACAGCAGGCCGCAUCGGCAGCAGAGGAGGUCAAGGACUCGGUCCACUUCGACAACACAGACCCAGGAAGGGACGUGUAAGGAGCCGUGUGUCAAAUGUAUCGCCACGGUGACAUCUUUUCGAUGGGUUCUUAUAGUGCUGUCAGUGCUGGGGGUGUGUUGUGUGGUGACUGGGAUAGUCCUGGCAGCUGUUAGGUCGGCAGGGAACAGUUUCCUGUUUCUGGCUAUCAUGUUUAUAGGUCUGGGUGUGCUCCUGGUCAUUGUGGUGGGGGUGGGGUGGAAGUGUACACCACGAGGUCAUGAACCCCUUCAUGCACUGUUUGGCAUCGGCCAUUUUCAAGGUGGUCAAACAAGAGAGAGGCGGCCUCGUAGACACAGAAACAGGGAUGGUCAAUGGUUUGGUGGUUUUAUGUACCCAGAGUUUCAAUACAGAAGGCCACCACCCACUUAUGCAGCAUCUAUGCAAGACUAUCAGAACCAGACUGAAGUAGUUCCCCCUCCAGAAACUGGCGGCAGCUUGCCAGCCUCACCUCCACCUUCAUAUCGUUCUCGUGCUUCCACUGUCCACUCUGCCAUUCACAUUUCACUAUCCCAUGAUAGCGAGCUGCCCAGCUCCAGACCCCCCACAUACAGGUCCAGGGCGCCCUCACGGAGGCCUUCUAUCCCGCUAAGGGAAGGUAACUCUGAUCACACAGAUGACUCCCCCUGGGUGGUGACAGACCCAGGCAACACUCUGGAACCUAGUGAAGGAGCAAUGGCCCGGCCUGUUGAUGCGGCUGAGUUGGUGGGGAACACAGCUCAGCUGAAACUCAGUGACCAGCAGCACAUUGAUAAAACUGCAUGUGUCCUGCAGUCGUCCUCAUCUUCCCCUACCCAGACUUUAUCUCAGACUGGACGGAACAAACCACACAGUCUACACCAGCGAAUGGCUUCGGAAGAUCGGCACAUUUUAGAGGAGACUUUACAGUCAUUAGAAGAACAUAUCAAUGAAACUGAAGGUAUUGCUAACGAAGGGGCGAGUUUUGACGAGCAGGAUCAACAUGUUUCUGAUUUUAAUACCCAUUUGUAGCACAAUCCGACAUUUUUUAAUCAUCCACUUGUAAACAGUGAACAACAUCAUUAUUUUAGCACAGUGGUUGUGAGAACAGAAUUUUUUUGUCUGUGUGAUUUUCAUGUUUUAUUUAUUCUUUCUUACCUGUUUGUGCUAUUACUUUGAUUAAUGUCAGUAUUUUGUCAUACUGCUGCUACUUCAUUUCUGCGUGAAAUUUUAGUGUCAGCCAAUCAAAAGAAGAUGUGCAGAAAGUUGCUGGCUCAACAUAUUUUUCCUGUACUAGCAGUUGUUGAUAUUACUAGAUGAAGCUAUUCAUCAGACCAUUUUUUCCAGUAUCUUAUAUCUUGUUCUGUAACAUUCCUGUGAACACACUGUAUGCAUUAUUUUAUAAACAGCAGCAGUUGUGGGACCUAGUUCUAGUUGCUCCCAAAUGUAAACAUUCUUAAUUACCAGACAGCUGAUAUAACUUUUUAUGCCAGUAUCGUAUAACAUUUUUAUCUCUGGCAACUCCAAAACUUGAGAAGUGCCAGAUUUCUUUUUUAAGAAGCCAAAUAUUUUAUGGUUGAAUUUUAUGAAUUUUAUGUGGGUCUCUAUUUUUAAAAUAGAAAAUAAAUACAUUUACAAACAAAAUGAAAAGUUAGUGGGCUUUAUGAAAUAAAAAAUUCCUAAAGAAUAUAGAAUUGUAAAAGUUGAGAAUGUGCUUGCAGCACAGGUUAUCCAUUUUGUGUAAUAUUUUUAACCUAAAAAAGUGCACACACGUACAUGAGGUUGAGAAUACAUUUAAAUGUCUCUAAAAUUUUCAUUUACAAUUUUAAUACAUGUAAAUGUUUCUCUAAGCAAAUACCAGCUUGCACUUAAUUUAAUAAUUCUGAAAAUUAAGUAUACGAGCUGACCCGCUGCGUAUCAUACGCCGCUAUUUAGUUGUUUUUUUUUUUCUACUUUUCAGUAAUUUAUAAUUUGUGAAUUCGACAGUACCAAUGCUGCCAUUGAAAAUAUUUGCUUAAAAACACUACCCCCCCCCCCCCCCC